AUGGACUGGAAUGUAAGACCACUCCAGAAUGCUGAUGCAAAGAAGAACCUGCAAAGUGAAGAAGCAUGUUAUACUCAGUUGUUUUCUGGUUCACAUGCUUUUCCUCAAAGAAAUGACUAUUCAAAUGCAUGCACUUAUGCUGGAAAUAACCAAACAGUGUAUCUGCCAAGUAGCAAUGUUGCCUUCCCUCUUGUAAGUACUGAAGGAUUCAGAACUUCAGAUCAGGCCCUACCAGGAGCAUCUGUAGCUGGUAAUGAUGGUUUUAUCUCAGUUGAUCAACAUCCACCAUCCUAUGUGCCAAUAGCUCCAAAACCUCCCAACCAGACAUCACGUUUGCGGGCAGAGAUGACUAAGACUUCUUGGACAAACUACUCUAAUGCCUACGGUUAUUCCCAUAGAAAGUUACCUCCAUUGUCUUCUCAAACUAAUCCUGGCAAUAACGUGAGGAAUGUACCAUGGGAACCUCAGUAUGUCACCACAAACAGUUACACUGUGCAGCCGCAAAUACCGCAGCAUAAUUCUAUGAGAACCUCAAUGUUAUAUCAAAGUAGCAUUAAUUCCCAGAAUAAUUCUGUGUCUCUUGGUACAUCUGGGCAACACGUCCAAAACCAAAUACAUCAUCCCAACACUCAGUUUAAAGCUUUACACUCACUGAAUCACAGUACUUCAGCAAAUGGACAGCUGCUACAAUAUCGGCCAAGUCAGGUGGGAUCAAAAGCUCCUAGUGGAUGUUCUGUGCCAUCUUUGUUGCCUGCCAACUGUGAUUCAAGAGCUGCAGCACAAUCUUCAAUAGGUGUACCACAGGCAGUUCAAAAUGUGCCUAAGGGAUAUACCCUUAGCCAACAGAGGCACCCAUCAGAUCCAAAAAAUGGUUCUGGUUUUAACAGUGUUCAGCAACACUGUCAGAAACAGCAAUCUGGAGAAGUCAGUCAAUCAGUUAGGCAUGUCUGUAUUUCAAGUGGAAGUGUGACAGCAGAUCAGCUUUUUAAUGAAAUGUCUGUGCCAUCCACUGGCAUUGCCAAAGAACUGCAUGAUAUUGUGCAAGAAAUGGGAACUCUUGCUUCAGUGGCUGCUUCAAAGCCAACGAGUGAUCCUGCUUCAGUUCAGGAAAGCCAGACUAGUAGUUUAAUGAAUGGGCCUGUUAAUUCUCAAAUUUCUUCAGCAGCAGCAGCAGACAGAAGAACAGUUACAAAGGACAGACUAGCUUGGGAAGCUCAAAGGUUGCUCGCCAUUAAAAAAAAAUGUGUCCUGCUUGAAAGGUUGCAUCACUAUAAAAGAAAACUCUUAACAGCUUCAGAACAUGACAAAAGCACUCUCCCAGUUCUUUCAAGACAUGAAGAUACUUUUGCUAAUAGUCUUCCGUGGGUGCCCAACCAAAGUGUACCACCUUCCCUAUCUGAAGUAGUGAGGACAGAGCCUCCAAUACUUAACUCUUCACCUGAAGAAAGAAACUACAAAAUCAUAGCCAAUGCUGACAACAGAGGAUUACCGGUGACUCAAAGUAACCCUCAAGUGGAACAGGGAAGCCUUUCAUCAAACUCUGCUCCUGUUCCCUCUCAGAGUAAACUCCCAGCUCAGUUAAAUAAUGCUGAGAGCACUUCCAUCUCGGAACAAAGGGAUGAAUAUGCCUUAGCCUCUUCUCAAAGAACUGUGACAUCCUUGAAUAAUGCUUCAGGUUUUAGUGAAGUGGAUAGCUCUAUCAAAACUGCAUCAAAGAAUGUGCCAUCUCACCCCAAGAACUCAUCAUUUUUUCGGUUUGUAUUGAGCAGCACAAAUGUAUUAAAAGAGAAGACAGCUGGUGCUACAGCUGAUAAAAUAUUGACGAGUCUCCUGUGUGGUGAAAAACCACUGGUAGAUACAUCUGUGUCAGGUGGAAGCUUACUAAAAGAUCCUAGUGAGAAGACGGUAGAAAGUUUGAAAGGUGAGCAGGCAUUUAUGGUUCACCCAAACUCUCCUGCAUCAGAAACAACUGAAUCUGGUGAAGCUAACUUCCAGAGUGAUGUAGCUCAGAAAAAAACGCCAUUUAUUGAAAAUACAUCUCUUAAACAGAACAAUUAUAGUUACUCUGUGGAAGAGCUAACUGCAUGCCUGGGCUUGUGGAGAAAGCAUCCGUCAGAAUCUGUAAGUGUGAAAAGUAGCCAGUCAAAUGAAAGCCCCACAGCAAAUCAGAUUUCACCUUACAGCCAAACCACAAAAGACAGAGAACAAAAUAAUGUUUUGGGUAGUACAGACGAAGCAGUUUUGCCUUUAACAACUGCUUCUGUAGGACAAAAACUUGAUACAUUGAGUUGCAAUUUGGUAAAAAGUUUUGAACUCCAAGUUGCAGUUGUCUCUCCUUUAGUACUUUCGGAACAGAGGACACAGAGUGAGCAGGCAUACAAGUAUCCAACAUCUGCAGGGAAAACCUAUCCAGUCACUGACUCUGGAAGCAAUUGUAGCUUGCAAGAAGAGGGGAAAAAGGAUGAAGGAACAAAAGAAACUGUUCAGUCAUCACCCAGUGAUUAUGUUCUGGUGCAGAACGUGGACUCACAUUUGCAACAGACCAAAUUAGCUGAUGGAAACAGAAUAGUAAAAAACAGUGUGAGUGCAAAUGAAAACCAAAGGAAAGUUAGUCAGUCUGCACAAGAUGCCAGAGAAAAUCUGCUGUUUGAAUUACAAAACAAGCCCUCUCUUCCUCAAUUGGGCAUAAAUAUUUCUAGUCAAAUCUUUCAAGAAGGUAUAAGAGACCAUAAAGACAAGCAAACUGUGUUAGAAGCAGGAGAUACAUCCACAGCUGUGUUGGAAGAACAGAUGUUUUGUAUUUCUAAUGUAUGUUCUCUUGUUGAAGGUGAUACAUCUUAUAAUCCACAAAUAGCAUGUAUCUUUAGGUCAGUCCCUGAGGCGCAUGCAUUAAAUGGUACUUCAUCAGAAGGAAAUGCGUCUGAUCCAAUGCAAAAGGAGCAACAGCUGGACUUGUAUAAAAAUGAGCAGAACAAUAACACUCCUCAAAGAGAGAACUUGCUGCAAAAGAUGUCAGAAGGAUCAUCAAUCUGCAGGAGUAAAGUAAGUAAGAUUUUGGAUAGUAUCACAACAAGUCAUUUGCAGAAAGAAAGCAGUGACAAUCCUCUUAAAACAAUUUCUACCUCAGAACAAAAAAUGUCAUUCAGUGCAUCUUUCAAGCAUCCUGAAAAUGACUCAGAAAUCCUUGCUAGUAUAAACCAGGAGUUAGCUCAGAAUUCACUAGAUUUCUCAAUCAGCGUAACUGCUGAAACAAAUGCAUUCGUUGUUCCAAGAGACAACAAUAAACAAAAUUGUAUGUCCAGUAGAAGUAGCACAGAAAAAGAGAUGAACCUUUUUGGAGCAGAACCUGUUAAAUGUCUAAACAAUCAGCUGUCUGAACUAAUGAAAGAGUUUCCAUAUGGCAUUGAAGGUGCUGAUAUGCUAACAAAAGACCCAGUACAAAAUGAUGUUGUGGCUGAGCGGAUGGAGAAUCAACCCCAAAAAGAGACUCGAAUCAGUGACAAGAAUUCUCAUUUGAAGGACCCAGUAGAUGAGACAAAAACUGAAGUGUUAAGCUCUGAUCAGAUGCAAGAACUGUUUCCUGAACACAAUCGGUGUUCCUCUAGUGACAGCAAGAGAGUGGCAAGUUGGCAGUCAGAAAAGGCUUCAGCUGAGAAGGAGAACCUUGAAGGCAGCAUUCAGCCUAGUCAGAAUGAACUAUGUGAGAAGAAAACAUCACCACUAAAAACCUCCAACCCUGGAGGUUCUUCAGUGGGUUCACUACCUGUAGCAGAUGAAGUGCCACAGAGCCUCUGUAAAUUUGGAAUGUCUGUUUCAGAGAAAAAUGAUGAUCAACUUUCGAAAGCUGAAAAUACUAGCUCUGCAGAGAGACAGGAAACCAACAGUAACUCUGAUGCUGCAGUGAAGAACACCUGUGCAGUGGGAAACCUGUCAAUUUCUGAAAAAAUCCCAAACAAUGUUAGCAAAAAUAAAAGGGACAUAUGUAAAUACACCUCUGAAAUGAACAAAAAGGCUAGGCUAACAGUGAAUAAUGAAUACAAACCGCUUACAACACAACAGGAAAAAAUUGGACUACUUAAUUCUGCUGAAAACCAGGAUGUUGAUAAAUCUAAAACGAGCGACUGUAAGGAAGAGCUGCAAAUCGACAGAGGAAUCCCAGUGUUAGGCAAAGAACUGAAUUCUGAUAAAGUCUCAGAAGAGUUGUCAGAGAAAGCUGGUAAUACAGAUGCAGACAUGACAAAAUUAUCCAAAAAGAAAGAGAGAGUUUUCAAAAUGGAGUCCUUUUCGAAAGAUAAAACCAAAACAGCUUUGGCCGUGAAAUCCAAAACAGACGUUCACAAAUUUACGAAGUCAGAAGCUGUUGAAAUUAAGCAUGCUGAAAUCAAUCAAGGACAAAAAGUUAACACCUGUGAAGGGAACUCGGCUGAAGAACAGAACUGUAAGAAACAAAAGGAGAUACUUGGGCAAAAUGUAGGAAUUAAUAUCAAAGAGAGAGACAAAUUAUCAGCAGAAAUAAAUAAUGAAAAGCUGAAUAGUUAUUGUGCUGAUGCUAUAAAGUUCCCAAGCUUAGGCACUGUAGACUCAAAGUCAAGAAACCACAAAUAUUCUCAGCAUAAAUCUAUGAAAGUUCAUCCUUCACAGGAGCAGUCGUACAAACGUAAGAGAAAGGAAAAUAUGAUCGGGAAAAGAGAGCCUAAGAAAACAAAGGUGGAAGAGGAAAGACUAAAACCAUCUGAAGCAAAGGAUUCCAGGCAGCUUUCACAUAAUUGCAUGAUAAAUACUGACAAAGCUAAAAAAUUGAACAGAGAAAAUGGCUGGAAACCAAAGAAUUCAUUAGCAGAUCGCUCUGUGCUUAAACUGCAGAGAAAAAGGGCUCGAUCUUCGACUAUCUCUAAAAACUAUCUUUUAAACAAAGAGAGACAUCUUGAUGGUCAAAACAAAGACAAGUACUCUGAGAAAAUGUUUCCUGAUAAAAACCUGCUAUACUUAAAUAGAAGAAAUAACAGAUUAAAAUUGCAUCUUCAAAGGGAACCAAAAAAACACUACCUGAACAGAGUUGCAUUUAAACGUAUGGCACAGGAACGCAUAUAUCUGACAAAAUUAGAGACAUCACCUGUCAGACCUGUCUUGCAUGUAAAGCCCAAAGUGUCACAAAACAGGACAGAUGCAAAAAGAGAUGCUUCUCUCUCAGAAACCGAGAAGUCAUGCAAAUGGGAAGCACUUGAAUUUAAGCUGUGUCCAGAGAUCCUGUUUAGAAAUCCAACUACUGAUGAAGAAAGCGUAUCUGCAGAGAAUUCCCUGGAAAGAGAGAAAGCCAUUGUGGCAGGUGUCAAGAGUAAAAAAGAAGAUUGGUUAAAAUGUAAUUCAGGGAAGCAAAAAAAGCUGGAAGAGAUCUCUACAGCUGAGGACAGUAUUCCACUUGAUACAGCUAUACAAAUCCUGGAUGGAGAUGGUGAGGCUCUUCAUAUUCCAGUCAAAGACUCAAAAGAGGUUUUUCAGACCUACAGAAAAAUGUAUCUGGAAAAAAAGAUGCAAAAGCCUUGA